GCUCGCACGAUGGACUCGCCGCCCAAAGACGCCAAGUUCCUCUCCGUCAACGACUCGGAGGCGACGAAAGACGAGCUCCCGACGCACGUCGUCGAGGCGCUCUCGACGCAUCGCCGCUUUCUCUGGUGGUCGCUCCUCUUCCUCAACGCGUCGUGCCUCUGGGCGUACUACACGUGCUUGUCGGCGCAAAACUACUACCAGUCGCGCUUCGCGUCGACGUCCUUCAACUUUGCGUUCCUGACGACACCCGUCUCGACGUGGCCCAUGUUUGUGGGUCACUUCUUCCAGGUCUUCUUCGGCCUCGACAAGAAGCUCGGCAUGUGGACGCGCGUCCGCCUCGGGUACGCCAUCUACAUUCUCUGCGCGCUCGCCAUCAUCCUCCAAGACGCGUGCGACGCGACGCCCGAGACGGGCGCGAUCGUCGUCUUGGUCGCGUUUGGGCUCGUGGGCUUCACCAACUCGCUCUCCGAAGCGGCGUUGUACGCGCUCUCGUCGCUCUUCCCGGACGCAGCCUUCACGAACGCGAUUCAACUGGGCAACGGCACGUCCGGCUUUAUCAACGUGACGCUGAGCACGCUCAUUCAGCUCUGCGUCGGCGGCCUGAACCCUGCGCCGGCCGACACGAUGCAGAUCCAAAAGGUCUCGUUCUACAUCUUCUUUAGCGUCCUCAUCGUCGUGUGCUUUCUGGCCGUGUUUCUCUUUUACAAGCUGCUGCAGCUGCCCGCGGUCGCCUACUUGAUGGAGCUCAACGACGCCGAGACGGCGCGCCGGGAGGCGUCGCGCGAGUCGUUCCCAGUCAUGUGGGCGCGUCUCUGGCGCAUCUUGACGACGAUCGCGGUGCCGGUCGCGUGCCAGUUUCUCAUUUUCUUGUGCUCGCUCACGGCCUUCCCCGGCAUUGGCAUCUCGUCGGGCUUCCAGCUCGCGGGUCCCGCGACGUGGGGCGGCUGGUACAUCAACGGCGUCUUGCUCAGCUACAACUACGGCGACUUUGCCGGCCGGAUCCUCGCGCCGUGUUUGUACAAGUACUUUACGCUGUCGUCGUGCUUUGUCUGGUCGAUCGCGCGCUGGGGCCUCUUUGUGCUACUCUUGCUCGGGCUCCCGGGCGGCGGCCUCAACCCGCUCUACUGCAUGGCGUCCGCGCACGAUUUCAACAUCUUUUGGCAGCUCUUUGUCAACUUUCUCCUCGGUCUCUCGACGGGCGUGCUCAGCACCAUCACGUUUGGCCUCGGGCCGCGCCUCGUGGCCCAGGAAGACCGCGAGUCGGCCGGCGCCAUCAUGUGUCUCGGCCUCUUCCUCGGUAUUUCGUCCGGCGCGACCAUUGGCUGGCAGUUUGGCGAACACCACUGGCUCGGCGCCUAGUCGACACUCUUGCAUAGCACAGGUCACUCAAUAUACAUACGAUCUUCGUUGGAACGGA